GCUGUGGAGUACCUCAAGGAGAUGCCCGCCGCGGGCGUCCCGCCGACCCUCUCGCACUUCAAGCAGGCCUUGAAGGCUUGCGAGAGGGCGACGAGCAGAGGUCUCACCGGUGGCAGGGGUGACCGUAGCACCAGCGCUAGCAGGAGUGGGAGUAGCGGUAGUGCUGUAUCGUCAUCAUCGUCGGGGGGAGGCGGCGGCAGGCACGGGUGGGAGUCGGGUGUGACCGCUGCGGUUGCCGCGGUGCCCGUGAUCUUGGAGCUCGUCAGGGAGACGACGGGCUUGAGCCCGGACGACGAUUGCUACUCCUCCGCCAUGAGGGCUUGUCAAAACGCCGGGAUGGGAGACGCGGGCUCGGAGUUGAUGGACGACUUGCAGGCCCAGUCCGCCGUGAGGCGGAUGGUUAGGGGAGGAGGCAGCGGCGGCGGCGGCGGCGGCGGCGGCGGCGGCGGCCAGGACGAGAAUCGCGCCGACGACGUUUCUCUCAACGGGGACGGGUUGUAAUAACCAUCCUCCUGGUGGAAGAAGACGGCCAAAAUCGGUGGCGUGGUGCUCUCAUCGUCAACGGGAUUUUUUUUUUUUUUACCCUUUCCGGGGUAGGGAGAGGAAGACGGAGAUCGUGCUUAAGAGCAUGUUUUUUCUCUGGCAGGAUGUUGCUUGUUUGGAGAAAGGCACUCACUACUGCUGUGGGCCUCUGCUGCGGAUAGAAUACGCCUGGUGAGAAUUUUGACGACAAAGAGACGGGGUGUAUGUUUUUCGGAGGAGCGCAAGUAUGGACAAACUUCGUAUGGCUCUGGUCCCCAUUGGACACCGACUUCACGAGCCGAGGCGGAACCGGUUGCCCGUGUAGGUAGCGUGGUCGCCAUUGAUCCCGGCACAGGAGGAGCCGUGAAUGAUUUUGUCAAGCAAGUACGGUAGAUGAGGAGGAGGGCCUCGUCGCGAACCAAAUCAGCUUGAGGCUGUUCCGAAUUUCAUGCUCUUGUGUUCGCUGCGUGUGUACCUGAUCUCGAAGCCUCUUUAAGACACGGCGAGUGUGAAGCACCUGUUCUGUGCUGCGUAUUUGGCGCAGCAAUCGGUGUAGGUUUUGCGGGAAAAUGGAGGCGGUACGAUCUGUUUUUGGCCGGUCGUCGGGCUUGUGGGUGCGGCCAUAACGGGUCUCCGUGAGGUGAUGACGCGAGAGAAAUAGUCGUGCCGGCACAUACUCGAAAAAAAAAAAAAAACUCGCGUGAGCUCUUUGGAGAAGAAAGCUCGUUCCGAAGUGGUAGCAGUUAAAAGCUACACAUUGGUGCUGAUUUGGGAUGUGUUUUGGCUGCAUGCAUGUGCUCCGUCUCAAGGGUGAGGGGGUGAUGAUGAUGCGUUGGUAACAUCUGU